CACUAUUCUCUUCCUUGAAGUUGAUACUGCUGUGUGUGUGUGUCUCCUUACACAGUGGGCUCAGUUUCCCUUGGCCGGAGUCUCCUCUGCAGCGCUGAUCAGCCUACUCAAGUGCCCCGCGGUGUCUCUCUCUAGUUGAGGUAUCCAACCAAAGGAGAAGAACGGCAGACACUCGCAGGUCUCACAAACAGGCUUGUUAACAAACUGAAAACUUUAUUUUAGAGCAAAAAUAUAUCAAUACAUAGCCUUACUCGUUUUGUCAUAAGCUCUCUCUUGGUGAGACCCCAAUGGAUACUUUUUUUAAAAAACAUUUCCGCAGGAAAAUUGGGGCUGCCCCCAUGAAAUCUUGCCUUACCCCAACGUCACGUCGGUGCAGUGUGGUUGUUGCCACAGGGAAAGCCCGCCGUCGGUCUAGUGUCGGUCUACCAUCCUCUUCCCUGUCCAUUCAACGACGAACCUCUAUCAAUCCGGCACAACCAGUUCCUCUUAGCGUUGGGGCACCAGCUCGAAUUGCAAAAAGAAAUGGGCGCCGGAGAUCAAGUACAACCACUCCAGGACUAAGUCCGCGUUUUGCAGUGCGGAAGAAGCACGGUGGGAGACUACACGGCAUUGACCACCAAUUUAUUGGCCCAUCUAUGCUGCUGGCCAGCCUAAUCCCUAUUCAGAAAGAUACAGGGAGAAAAAACGAAAGUUCUGAGGAUGAAGAGUUGAUCUACACGUCCGAUGAGGGAGUCGAUCUGGAAAAUCCCUCCCCCGAGGAUGUAGGAGCGACCAGUUCUGGGAAUGGAUCAAACCUAGAACCUUGCUCUAUUGAUCAUCAUAACUUAAAAGCCAUUGCCAAAUCCGGAGCCCAGCACCUGGUGGCUACCCCCAGUGUCCUGCCCAGUGAGCCCGAUACCCAAGUGCGGAACACAGUAGACUGGAGCGACUCUGCGGUAUACGGGGACCACCUUUGGUUUGAAACAAACGUAUCUGGAGAUUUUUGCUACCUGGGAGAACAAAACUGCACCUCCAAGCAAAAGUCGGCUACUCGCAGAAAGUGCGCAGCGUGUAAGAUUGUGGUCCAUACGCCGUGCAUCGAGCAGCUGGAAAAGAUAAACUUCCGGUGUAAGCCCUCAUUUAGAGAAUCUGGUUCUCGCAAUAUUCGGGAGCCUGUAAUUGUUCGGCAUCAUUGGGUUCACCGGAGGCGACAAGCGGGAAAAUGUCGACAGUGUGGGAAGGGGUUCCAGCAAAAAUUUGCCUUUCACAGCAAAGAGAUUGUUGCAAUCAGCUGCUCGUGGUGCAAACAGGCUUAUCACAGCAAAGUGUCUUGCUUCAUGUUUCACCAUAUAGAAGAACCUUGCUCUUUAGGGGUUCACGCUGCUGUCAUUGUGCCCCCCACAUGGAUUAUUCGUGUGCGUCGGCCACAGAGUUCCCUCAAGUCCAGUAAGAAGAAAAAGAGACCGUCGUUUAAAAGGAAACUCAGCAAGAAAGCAUCUGAGGAUCCCAGGCAGCGACCGUUUAUCAUCAGACCAGCACCAUGUCACCUAAUGAAACCUGUGCUCGUCUUUGUUAAUCCCAAAAGUGGUGGAAAUCAAGGAGUCAAAAUCCUUCAGUCGUUCAUGUGGCAUCUGAACCCUCGUCAAGUGUUUGAUCUGAGCCAGGGUGGUCCAAAGGAAGCGUUAGAAAUGUAUCGAAAGGUCCCUUCUCUGCGCAUCUUGGCCUGUGGUGGAGAUGGCACUGUUGGAUGGAUCCUUUCCGCUCUGGACCAACUGCGCCUUUUCCCUCCUCCGCCUGUUGCCAUCCUACCUCUAGGGACAGGGAAUGACCUUGCCAGAACACUCAACUGGGGUGGGGGCUACACCGAUGAACCACUCUCGAAGAUCUUAAGCCAUGUGGAGGAGGGGAUCGUUGUCCAGCUAGAUCGGUGGAACCUUGUAGUGGAGAGGAACCCUGAAGCUUGGGAAGAUGAUAAAGGGGAUGGUGCCACGGAUAAGCUGCCACUGGAUGUAUUCAAUAACUACUUCAGCCUGGGGUUUGAUGCCCACGUCACACUGGAAUUCCAUGAGUCCCGAGAGGCAAAUCCGGAGAAAUUUAACAGCCGCUUCCGUAACAAGAUGUUCUAUGCCGGGACUGCAUUUUCAGACUUCCUCACUGGCAGCUCCAGGGACCUGUCUAAACACAUCAGGGUGGUGUGUGAUGGCAUGGACCUGACUGCUAAAAUCCAGGACCUCAAACUACAGUGUUUAGUGUUUCUUAACAUCCCUCGGUACUGUGCUGGCACAAUGCCAUGGGGAAAUCCAGGGGAGCACCAUGAUUUUGAACCUCAGCGGCACGAUGAUGGAUGCAUUGAAGUGAUUGGUUUCACCAUGGCAUCCCUGGCUGCUCUGCAGGUCGGAGGUCACGGGGAGCGUCUGCACCAGUGCCGAGAGGUUCUGCUUACCACCUCCAAGUCCAUUCCCAUGCAGGUAGAUGGUGAGCCCUGCAAGCUGGGGCCAUCAGUCAUAAAUAUCAGCCUACGAAACCAGGCGAACCUUGUGCAGAAAAUGAAGAGGCGCACGUCUGUCCCACUGCUCAAUGAUCAGCAGCCAGUCCCGGACAGAUUGCGUCUACGAGUUAACCGCAUUUCCAUGCAUGAUUAUGAAGCACUGCACUACGAUAAGGAGAAGCUGAGAGAAGCUUCUCUCCCGCUGGGAGUUAUUGUGGUCCCUGGAGACAGUGACCUGGAGACCUGUCGUGCACACAUUGAGCGGCUGCAGGAGGACUUUCCUGCCUACCCUACAAUCUUACAGCGCCUCGAUCUAAAGGAGGAUGGAACAGCUAGACCCCAGACUGUCUCAUCACAGAGGCUCUCGCCAAAAUGGUGUUUCCUUGACUCCACCACCGCUGACCGUUUCUACCGAAUUGACCGUGCACAGGAACAUCUGAACUUUGUGUUGGAGAUCUGUCAGGAUGAACUCUAUGUGCUGGAUCCAGAACUGAUCAUAACCCAGUCUGUUGGCACCUCCCCUGCCAUGCUGGACAUCGGCGAUAAAACUGCCAGUCCCAACAGCCGACUUUUUCAGUUCCCCCCACCUCCCACUUCCCCUCCGCUCACUGGAUCACCAGACGGAUGUCACAGGAGCAGGUCAGCGAGUGACACUUUGUGCAACAAACCAGUCUGCGGCUGUAACAGGACGGAGGAAGGAUUCUCUGAGUCUCAGUCUAGUAAAUUAUUGUUGGAAGCUUCAAAAAAUGGCGACUUAGAGAGGUUUAGGGAGGCGCACCGAGCCGGGGGCAACCUGACGCUGAGAGACUCACAGGGAUGCACUCUUCUGCACCAUGCUGUGACGUCUGGGAGCAAAGAGAUUGUCAAGUAUAUCAUUGAGCAUGCUCCUGCUGAAAUUCUGGAUGUAGCAGAAUUAAUGAAAGGGGAGACCUGUUUGCAUCUCGCAGCGUCCUUACGCCAGCGCACAAUCUGCCGUUACAUAGUGGAAGGUGGCGCAUCCCUGAUGAAAACAGAUCUGCAGGGGGACACCCCAAAAAACAAAGCAGAGAAGGCGAAGGACAUAGAGCUGGCGGAGUACCUGGAGAAUACACAGCACUGCCAAAUGAUCCAGAGGGAGGACCAAGAGACGGCAGUGUGAUGCUGCUGGGUGGGAGAGGAGCAGAGACUGUACCCCCCCUACAGACUUGAACCUCUAUACGGAAAAUCCUAAACUUCCUAAUCAUUUUGAUGGGAGAACAGCACUUUUGUCUACACCCUCUCCCUGCAGAAGGCCUUACUCUACACCUCCUUCCAAGUUUUACUUUGGGGAGGGGGGAAAUGUUCCAUCCUUUACAGAGACAUUGGCACUUCCCUACUUCCUGCAAUCACCUCCCCCCCCCCAUCAUACGGGUACAUGAUGCCGGUUUAUACAUUGGUUCUAUGUCUCUGGAAUGGAUCAUUCAGUACUGGAGGGGGGUCGUUCGUCCUGUGCAUAUUUGCAUUUAUGCGACAGCUGCCAGUUAAGACGACGACUGAAAAAAGGCUACCUCUUUAUCACCACUAGGGGUGCUGUCUACAGUGAUGCAUUCAGGGGUAUAAAUGCAGAAAUGUGUUUUGGGAAUGGGGGGGGUCCUCUUUCCAAAUAAGGUAAUAUUUCCCCUUGAAGUGAUUGUAAGCUGAAUGUUUUAUCCCUGUCUCCACCGUUCCUUAGAGCAGUGACAGCUUGGUUUAAAAUAUUUUAUUUGAUUUUCAUAUUAAACAAAU